AUGCAUGGGCUCUUCUUUGUCCUGGUGAUGUGCACAGUUGGUGCGUCUGCUUUCAGACUCCAGCAAGUCAAGAACACAGAAAAUUGCCCAGAUCACACCGUGUUUUUCAAACACUACUAUGAACUGCAUGGAGAACCUGUGGUUCUGAAAUGCCCUUCCCCCAGAUACAAACAUUUGGAUUUCUCUGCCUUGACCCCUAAUAUCACAUGGUAUAAAAAUGGUUCGAACACCAUGAUAUCAGAAAGAGACGAAGAUUCAAGAAUCUGGGCAAAAGGAAAUGCACUCUGGUUUUUACCAGUGAGGCUAGAAGACUCAGGAGUAUAUAUCUGCACAAGAAGGAACAACUCCUACUGUGCUGAGGUCUCCAUCCACCUCACAGUUGUGGAGAAAACAGCUGCUUGGGAGAUUGCCUAUCCCCAGGUCCUCUUCACUUUCACCGCUGGAAAGAUUGUUUGUCCUGACCUGUGGGAUUUUACACCAAAUAGGACAAGCCUGGAGCUCAAGUGGUACAAGGAUGCUCAGCCUUUGGAAGAGGACAAUGAAAGAUUCAUCAUUCUGAAUGGUUCAGCAUCUCUGAUCAUGACAUCUGUGCUACCAACAGAUGCGGGGUAUUACACGUGCAAGAUGUCAUUUCCAUUUGAAGGUGUGACGUAUGAAAUCACCAGGACAAUUCAACUGGAGACUGUUGAACAAGAGAAGAGAAUUACCCCGAUAAUUGUGUAUCCAGCCCAAAAGACAACAUCAGCUGCUCUUGGCUCCAAGAUGACUCUCCCAUGCAAAGUGUUUGUUGGGCUGAGCAGCCAUUUCCAAACUGAUGUGGAAUGGCUGGCAAAUGACAGCAGCGUUGACGUGGUUUAUAAACAAAGCAGAGUUACGGAGGGGGAACGACAAGAAAGUGUAGAAAAUGGUGAAAACUUCAUUGAAGUACCACUGAUUUUUGAUUCUGUUGAAGAAGUGGACUUUUACACAGACUUUACCUGUCUGGCCCAGAACAGAUAUGGAUACCAAGAACUGCCAACAAGGGUCAAGCAGGAAGCUGCUGGUCUGUCCUGGUACAUUGCAAUGAUUCCUGUUGCUCUGGCCUGUUUGAUCGUGGGAGGGAUAUGCAUGCACAAGUGCUGGAAGAGUAGAGCUGAUAAAGGAUAUACAAUACCAAAGGUUUAAAAUCCACUUGAGUUCUCCAACUACCAACAGAAAAAAAAAAUCAUCCUGGCUAUCUUUCACAUCAGACACAGCGAGCAUUUCAGACCUGAUAUACUGUAUUCCCAACAGUCCAAU